AUGAGGAUGACUGACUAUCUUAAACAGGAUAUUUCGGGCGCCCUUGGGGCGAGGGGGAGCAGCCGAAGGCGCUCAUCAAGGUUGCGCGAUGAGAUAUGCGACGAGGGAUUCCGAACGCCUUUUCGGCGAGGCCGAACCGCCGGAGGCGAGAGCAAGGUUCCUAGGAGCGCGUCAACGCGUGAAAAGGGGACGUUUCGAUGGGAUAGAGCCGCCGGAGGCACGCGCGGGCGCCUGAGUGCGCAAUGCGAAGAGGGUGGGGGGUGGGGCACCGUCCCUCCCCCUUCCUUCUUUAACGCUCGCGCGCUCCCUAGUGCGCUCGUGACCGCUGGGCGGCGGCGGUCAAUUCGUGCGUUCGCUGUGAAGAAGGCGAUGGGGGAGGGGACUUCCUCCUUCCUCCCCCGCGAAGGUAGCUGUCAUACCAUGUCGGCGUCCCCCCUCCUUCCCACCUCUUUCCCCUCCCUCCCCCCUUCCCCUAUUCUCCUCCUCUCCUCCUUCCGCCCUCCCUCCACCCUUCCCCUUCCCCUCCUCUUCCCUCUUGCUCUCAUCGACACCCUCCCCUUCGAUAUCCCUUCAUUACCCCUCCCCUUCACGACACGCGCCACCCUCAACACGAUUCUUAAGCCUGGGAAACCUUCCGGGCGCGAUGGAAACAACCGCGUUGACGCGCUAUCCGCCUUCGUCCUUCGCGAGGGGGGAGGAGGGGGAGGGGGAGGGGAGCGCGCGCUUCGGUCUUCACGAGCGAAGGAAGGGAUUGCAGGAGGGUAUUCGUAA